GUGUGUGCCUUGCAGAGCACCCUGGCUUGUGAAGGGUUUCCUGCUUAAAGUGGAAUCGAGGCAGGACGACGCCAGCACCUCCUGGUCCUGACAAGGGCUCGCCGGCUGACCCUGUCCCCUCAGGAAAGAUGGGCAAGGGCUACAAGGUGGUGGUUUGUGGAAUGGCCUCAGUGGGAAAGACUGCGAUUUUGGAGCAGCUUCUCUAUGGAAAGCAUACUGUUGGCUUAGAAGAGGGUGCCACAAUGGAAGAUGUGUAUCUGGCGUCGGUGGAGACAGACCGAGGCGUGAAGGAACAGUUAAGGCUUUAUGACACCAGGGGUCUGCAGGAGGGCGUAGAACUGCCAAAACACUAUUUCUCUGUCGCUGAUGGCUUCGUUCUCGUGUACGCCGUGACCAGCCUCGAAGCUUUUCAAAGAGUCGAACUGCUCAAAAAGGAGAUCGAUGUCUUUAGAGACAAAAAGGAGGUAACAGUUAUUGUCUUGGGAAACAAAACUGACCUCCUGGACCAAAGGCAAGUGGAUGCAGAAGCAGCACAGCAAUGGGCAAGGGCCGAGAAAGUGAGACUGUGGGAAGUGACUGUGACAGAUCGGAAAACGCUGCUUGAGCCCUUCACCUUCUUAGCUAGUAAACUCUCACAGUCCCAGAACAAAUCAACAUUUCCCUUGCCUGGAAGGAAGAGCAAAGGGAAUAACUGUGAUAACUAAGCUAAUUUAGCAUUCUCUGCUGCCGCCAGGUCGCAGCCUAAGUCCUUUCUGUGCCAUUUGCUUCUAGCAGUUUCACUUAAAGCAAUAAUCUCAUUCAGCAAUAAAAUCAGCAAGCUUAUGGCUAAGAAGUAUCCUUCCUUCUCA